AUGACAGCAAAGGCAAUGCAGGGCACAGGCACCCUACACGCGCAGAUGCAGGAAGAGAAGAUUGGGCUUCUUCGUAAAGUAGCGCCUGUGCACUCGGGGCCACUGAGAAGGCGCACGCGAUUCCUCAAAGCUUUGCAUUACUUCGAGAUACGCUCGUCCGUGCUACUCCUCUACAAAUCACGAAGCAAGCGUGCCAACCCAGGGUUUUUAGAGUCACUGUUUUCCAAGUCGGGAGAUGCGGACUCCAUCGACUCGGAGAUCAUCCAGGCUGCGUCAAGCCGGGGGCAGUGGGAUGCUGCCUUCGAUAUGUCUGGCGCGAAAGUGACAGCGCUCUCGGCCGACGAGAAGGGAGGAAAUAGUUUCCCCUUCAGAAUUUCAUUUGAGGGGAUAUUCGUGCUGAGCGUGAGCGUUAUCGAUGCAUGCGACAAGGAUUCGCCACAACGCAGCCUGUACCUGACGGCGGCAUCUGCCGAAUCGAGGUCGGAGUGGCUCCAUCACUGCACGCGGGCUGCGAGAAGUCUCUCCAGGGCAGACUUUGAGCCACUCAAGACAGUUGGCAAGGGGCAGUGGGGGAAGGUUUUUCUCGUUCGGAAGACAUCCGGGCCAGUGGCAGGACGAGCUGCCGCGGACCCGGGCCUAGUGACCGGGACGGACAACGUGGAGCUUCUGGCACUGAAGGAGGUCCAGCUCGGAUCAAACACCAACAUCAACCACGUCCAGAAUGAGCGCCUCAUUAUGCAGGCGGUUCCGCCCCACCAGUUUGUCGUGGGCAUGCUGUACGCAUUCCGUACGCCCAGGUUCCUGUACUACGCACUCGACUUCAUGAAUGGCGGCGAUCUGUUCCGCCACUGGAGGAAGCACCGUAACAGACGCACAGAGAUGGCCCCCUUUUACGCUUCAGAGGUGCUUCUGGCGCUGGAGCACCUUCACAAGCACUGCGUCAUUUACCGGGAUCUCAAGCCCGAGAAUGUGCUCUUGGACUCGCAGGGACACAUUCGGCUGGCUGACCUGGGAUUGGCGAAGGUCCUCAAGAGCAAAGUGGAUAGAACAAGCAGCUUCUGUGGGACAGAGGCUUACCUCGCGCCGGAGAUGAUUCUGCGGCUACCAUACGGCUCGUCAGUGGAUUUCUGGCAGUAUGGGUGCUUCGUGUAUGAGCUGUACGCCGGACGAUCACCGUUCUGGCUGCCUCGCAAGCCUAGAAAGUUCAUUCGGGAAAACAUUCUGAAUGGCGUCUUCGCUUACCCAUCGGUUGUGCCGGAGGCAGCUAAGGACAUCACCGGGGCCUUGCUGCAGGUGACGGAGGCCCGACGACUUGGAUGUGGGAAGGACUUCGCAGCUUGGGACGAUGUGAAAAGGAAUGGGUUCUUCGCAAAUACGGACUGGGAAGCGUUGGCCCUCAAGAAGACCACACCGCCAGUCUUGCCAGCAGAUCCGGGAAAGGACAUGGUGAACAACUUCGACGACGACUUCACCAACCAAGCGGUGUUCUGGGGCAACGACGUGGACGCAAACGGAGCAAGCCCAGUGUUCUACGAAGGAGAAUUGGAAGGGUUUUCGUUCAUCAGGAACAACUUCAACGAGGUCGAGGGGAACGAGGACAAGCAGCUUGCAUAGUUAAAAGCCAGCCCGGUACCGGUAAAAUAUAACGACGUCGCCUACGAAGACGCUCUUAUAGCCACUUCCCUGCUGUCGGCACUGUCCUUGGAUGGUUGCGUAUUGGGAAAGUGCCUGCGCCUAAAUGAGAGACCUCGGCGCUCGGCAAUCACGAUCUGAAACCGAGGUUGGACCAUCCCAUUGAACAGGCGAAACAGCGAGAUGACGGAGUGUCGACGAAGUCAGCCCAUGGUGUGUAUUUCUUUCUCCGUAUGCAUUGCACUAGUGCCGGAACCAUGAGCAGUUGGUUUACCGUUGGGACGGGAAGGUCCACCUCAGCGACAUUUCGGAGCGUCAAGCGUGAUGCAUGUUUUGCUUAAGCGAAAGCAUUGAUAUUGCUUUAGUUCGUAGAGACGUGAUAUAAGUUGUGUUCUAAUACGUCAACAUGAGCGUUGGCUGUUGCUGGUUUGCGCCACGGCCGGGGUCGCCCGCGCAUUGAAUGACCAAAGGGGAGGCGGGUGUGUGCAUGCGCUGGAUAGUGUAGGGUGUUGAUGCAGCUGCUUUAGUGUUUUGUCAUUCUUCCCUGAAACAAAUAAAAAGAGCGCGAGUGGUAUGGAUACACUCCUUGGUGGAAAGAUUCUUCAUUUGUCGGUGUGGUUCCCCUCUGGUGCUUGUUGUCCGCCAGGACAAGGAAGCUUCCCUGUGCGUGUUUUCAUGUUCUUGCAACAUAUGCCAUAGUAUGCAUAGGGACGUACACCCCCGGCGCCUAGCGCUCCGACGCAUAGCAGUACUUGCUUAAUUCGAAAUAACG